AGCUGCAGCUGUUGCUGGUAGCCGCGGUAGGUUGUCAACUAAAGGGUUUGGUUACUGUUGCUGCUGCAAUGAAAACAUCGGCACUGGAUGAUGAGAGUGGAUCCAGUCCAUUAAUUACCAAGAUUUGAGUGUGUGUGUGUGUGUGUAUGCACGUGAGCGUGCGCGUGUGUGUGUUUGCGGGGCGAGCAUGUAGCAUGCUCCGUUUCCUGAAGCGACCAGGCUCCACCGGGGACCUCCCGCCGGCCGGCCCCAUGCACCCUUCUCCCCGGGACACGCCGCGCUGAGCCACCCCCCCUCCCCCCCAGGCCACACCUCCGCCGCCAUUUGUCUUCAUGAAGAUUCCUGACAUCGGUGAUGUGAUGAAUAAAUUUGAGGUCCUUGGGAUUGUAGGUGAAGGAGCCUAUGGAGUGGUCCUGAAGUGCCGGCACAAGGAGACAAAUGAAAUUGUGGCCAUUAAGAAGUUCAAGGACAGCGAAGAGAAUGAGGAGGUCAAGGAGACGACACUUCGGGAGCUGAAGAUGCUUCGCACAUUGAAGCAGGAAAACAUUGUGGAGCUGAAGGAGGCCUUCCGCAGAAGAGGCAAACUGUACCUGGUCUUCGAAUAUGUGGAGAAGAAUAUGCUGGAGCUGCUGGAGGAACUGCCCAAUGGGGCGCCACCAGAGAAAGUGCGAAAUUACAUCUAUCAGUUAAUCAAAGCAAUUCACUGGUGCCAUAAGAACGACAUCGUCCACAGGGAUAUCAAGCCUGAAAAUCUCCUCAUCAGCUCCGAGGACAUUCUCAAGCUCUGCGACUUCGGCUUUGCCCGCAACCUAUCAGAGGGAAGUAAUGCAAACUACACUGAGUAUGUGGCCACACGCUGGUACCGCUCCCCAGAGCUCCUGCUAGGGGCGCCGUACGGAAAGGCUGUGGACAUGUGGUCAGUGGGCUGCAUCUUGGGGGAGCUCAGCGACGGGCAGCCCCUCUUCCCCGGCGAGAGCGAGAUCGACCAGCUCUACACCAUCCAGAAAGUUCUGGGGCCUCUGCCGCCCGAGCAGAUGAAGCUGUUCUACAACAACCCCCGCUUCCACGGCCUACGGUUCCCUGCAGUGAACCACCCUCAGACCCUGGAGAGACGGUAUCUGGGGAUCAUCAGUGGCCUGAUGCUGGAUCUGAUGAAGAACCUCCUGCAGCUGAACCCGUCAGAGAGAUUUCUGACUGAUCAGAGCCUGAACCACCACGCCUUCCACACCCUGCGCCUGCUGGACCGGACCGGACCACCCUCACCCACGCCCCCACGCUCCUCCAAGAGAAAGCCUUACCACGGGGAGAACAACGCCUCCAGCAGGAAUCAUGGGGGCAAGAGCUCAGGACAUCACCGUUCCAACAGCAAGGACUGCUCCAGCCUGCCCCGCCAUGAGGACCUGCACCCCAGCAAUGACAGUUUCCUCAACGGCAACAUGCCGGCCUCCACCAGCCUCAGCCCCACCCUCCACCCCAAGACCUACCAGGCCCAGUCCCUCAACCGCUCUGCCUCCAGCAGCAAGGACCUGGCCAACAACAACCUGCCGCACCUGCUCAGCCCAAAGGACACCAAGGGCAAGACCGAGUUCGACUUCAACGUGGGGGCCAAGGCGGCCGACGGCCCCGGAGCCAAGUACCUGAAGUCCAACUCCCGCUCCCAGCAGAACCGCCACUCCUUCAUCGAGGGGAAGACCAGCACGCUGCAGUCCGGCGAGAAGCACGGCCGCCACAGCUACAUGGAGACCUCCCACGGCUCCAUGCCCUCCUCCACCAAGAGCGCCGCCUCCUACCUGAGCCUGUCCAAGAGCCAUGGGGCCCUCAGCGACGCCAAGUCCGUGGGGAACCUGAGCGAGGCUCGGCUGCACCCGGACGACCAGCCGGGGCCCGGGUCCCGCUACUUCCCCUCCAGCUGCAUGGACCUCAACGUCCCGGGGAGCCCGUCCGGGCGGCACGGGGAGCGGCCCGCCCUCAGCCCCUCGGGCCGGGCCAACGCGCGCCUGGAGAGCGGAACCCUGGACUCCCGCCGCUCCUCCACCCGCCACAAAAACCUGGAGGAGACCGUGUCCCCGGAGCUGCUCGACCCGGGCGGGGGCGGGGCAGGGGGCGGCGCCGGAGGGAGCCACGCCCACUCCCUGUCGGCCCCCCACGAGUCGUUCCCCUACGGCCUGGGCUACACCAGCCCCUUCUCAUCGCAGCAGCGGCCCCACCGGCACUCCAUGUACGUGCGGCGGGAGCGGCACCGAGCGCACGGGCCCGACCCCGGCCUGGCGGUCGGGCAGGGCAUGCCGACGCGCGCCAGCAGCCUGCAGCUCCUCUCCCCACAGCUGCAGCACCGCACCCUCACCCGCCACUCUGGCAGCUCGUCCAGGGAGGACUGCACCGAGGACGUGAGCAGGAGCAACCAGUCUCCCACAGAGGUGACCCACACCCGAGCCCCGAUAAAAGACUCCACGCGGGACAACACAGCACCCUUUCCCACACAGCGUCAAAAAAGCGAGGUUGGUAUGUACCACGACACGCACCCAGAGGACGGAGCGUCGUCCAAGGAGAACCGCAUCAUCUACAGUGACUCUAUGCCGCGCCGGGUGGGCAGCUUCUACAGAGUACCUUCUCCCCGACCGGACAACACCUUCCAUGAGAGCAGCGUGCCAGGCCGGGGGUCCGCAGGGGGCGGGGAAAACAGUGCCAUGACCAAUCACUCUAAGCGCCAGACAAACUUCGACCCCUGGAACAACCCGGAAGCCGUGACCCUGAACCCUCCUGAACCUUCCAAAGAGAAGGAGAAGCAGGGCUUCUUCAGAGCAAUAAAGAAGAAAAAGAAGAAGUCUCAGACGACAGAGUUCGACGAUGGAAGGAAUCCGAGCAUCAAGAAAUGCCUUUUCCCUCUGUUUAAUUCAAAGAAUAAUAUAAAACAUAGCUUCUCUAUGAAAGCCCCUCCCGUAGUCUCCUCACCUAUGCAGGUCCCCAGCGACGGCCAGGAUCACCUGGUCAUACAGAAGGCCGUCCGGUCUUCCACUCACCAGAGCAGCCGGCACAGGAACCGCGGGGAGAGAGACCGCGAGAGGGACCGCGAUCGAGACCGCGACCGGGAGCGAGAAAGAGAGCGAGAAAGAGAGCGAGAGAGAGACCGAGACAGAGACAGGGAUAAUGAGUGGCCUUCAGAAAAGCUGACCGAACCCCACCCUCAGAGUCAGCCGCUCAAAUCCCUGCGCAAGCUCCUGCACCUCUCCUCCUCCUCCGCCAACCAGGCCACGCCCGCCGAACUGCGCUUCCAGCCGCUGCCCAACCCCCCCUCCAAGGGAGGCUUCAGUGAGGGGAGGGGCCACCCCGGCGCCGGCUCCGCCCAGCCCAAGAGCCGCCAGGCCGCCGCCUACACUCUGGCCGGACAGAUCGAGUCCAACUGGCACGUGUCGGCCCUCAACCGGGCCGAGGGGACCGGCUACCCCGAGCAAAUAUCCGGCAAGGUGGGCCAAAAUGGGCCCGGGUUUGCCCGCCCCCCCCGGGCACGAAUGCCAAACCUCAACGACCUGAAAGAAACCGCUCUGUAGUGGAGCAAUGCCCGCCCCCCCCCCCCCCCGUCCCCACUGGCCACACUCUGACCCCUCCCCCCCUCUGCAGCUUCCCCUACUGGCUACUGAACUGUACCCCACAAGCAAGCAAGGGGGGCGUGGCUUAAGAGGCUUCACCCUCAGCCGGAGGGCAGCGCUCUGUAUGUCUUAAGUUUUUUUAAGCUUCCAUAUUUGAUAUAAUUUGUAACAUUAUUUAUGAAAUUCUGAUUACAAUGUCUUUUGUUUGAAAAUAAGUACAUUGCAGUUUAAAUGAAAAAAUAUAUAUGUACUAUAUAUAUGACAAUUGAGAAAAGUAUAGUAUACGUGCGAGAGCUAUAGUUUAUACACAAAAAUAAAUAUAUAAAAAAUUUUCCUGCAUAAUAAUGCUAUAUUUCAUUAUGAGUAUUUAGUUGUUUGUAUCUGAAGUAUAUAGAUUUUUCAGAUUUAAGAGUAUUGUUGUGAAAAUAUUUGCCAUUUUCGUUUGCUAAUUUCUGUUGGUUUUUAUUUCCCCUGUAUUUAUUUUCUUAUUCCAAUCCGAACCCGUUGACUGGAGGUGCAGAAACACUUUGUUUCCUUACCCAGCCUAGCUGAAGACUGCUUUUGCUGGCUCAGUGUUGUGCAAUUUGGGCUACUUUUCCCCCCCACAUUUAUUAUAAACAUAUGAAUUCUGAACCCCCGCCUGAACGGAGAAAAAAAUAUUUGUACGAUUUCAGUUUGGCCACUUUUUCCCCCUGUGACUGUUGAACCAGGAGAGCACCAGCAGCUUUGGGCUUCUGCGCUGCUUGCGAAGGUGUCGCCACUUUGUCCCUCUCACCAUUUUGUUUGCGAACCAAGACGAAACAAACGUGUAGGUGUAAUGCCAUUUUGGACACUGAAGCAUAGUUGCCAUUGUCAGUCUGUAGAACUGAGUGCACUGCGUGGUGCUGUUUGACCAGCUGUGGCUUGGGCGAAAGGAGAGAGGAACGACGUGUGCUUCUGAACUGCUUUCAGAGCCACGAGCGAGAGAGCGGGCGUGUGAACACACUGUGUUCCAGUCAGGGUGAGAACCCUCCGCUGCCUUCCACUCUCUAACCAGUCUCAACCAGUCUGCCAGGUCCCUCAGGAGCAAGAGUUACAACUUCACCCUAAAAUACGUUUUUUGCGGUAACUAGCCAUUAGGCAUAUGUUUAAAAUAAACAGCCAAAUUAAAACAUACCAGUUUUCUAUAUAUUGGUCUCCUGUCCUGGAAAAGUCAGCCUUGAUUUGACUCUUUUUGCAUCAUUGUAGUAACCACACCCACUCUGAAUGUAAUAACCACACCCACUGUUAAUAUAACAACUGCACCGCCUCUACAUGUAAUAGUGCAAAGGGCAUGUCAGGCACUGUGCAGUAAGUAAGAAUACCUAGACAAUCACCAUUUUUUAAAAAUCCUUUUUUUUUUUUGGUUGUUUUUUAGUUUUUUUAACCUAUUUGUAAAAUACAAAAACAUUGAAUUAGGGUGUAGUUUCCCUUUGCAUGGUGAGGUCUGGAGUAGUGCUGCCGCUCCAGCCCAGGGACACCCCUCCCUCCAUGUCAGGCUGCACUCUGGCCUGCGGAUGCGCAGUGUCCGACAGUGCCUCACGCUGGCCGUCAGAGGGCAUUGCACCAAACACCAAUCAUGCAGAGAGAAUGGAGUCCAUCCUUUCCACGCUGCUUUUCGGAAACCUUUCACUCAUUUUUCAGUCUAUGGCUCCAGAAAUAGCUACGAAAAUCUAAUGCAACCAGCACUGACUAUGAUCAAACUUUUUUUUU